AUGUCGUUUGGCUUUUCUCCUGCUGAUAUUUUGACUGGAAUAAGGACCUGUAGAUGGCUAUGGAGUAACUGCUUUGAUAAAAACAAUGCUGCUGAUGAGCGAUACAAGCAAUUCGGCAACGAUGUUAAAUUGCUUGAAACCCGUCUUGAACAACUCCAGACGGCAUUUGAAGCUGCUCUCAAUAGAUAUGAACAACCUAAUCUAGAUGCAAGAGAUCUUCGAGACGACCUACGAGAUGUAGUAGGCGAUUUCCAAAAAACAAUCAACCAGUCGGUUGAAAUUCUUACCAAAAAUGUCAAUCUUCGAAGAAACCGCGCAGGUUUUAUUGACAACAUCAUUUGGGCUGCAAGUUCGCAGGAGAAAGUUGACGCCUUGGGACGCAGAAUACAGUUCCAUACCCAGAAGAUCUAUCUGGUGAUGGAGCCGGUCACACUAGGACUUCUCACAACUAUCGAUGGCAAGGUGGAUGAAAUUUUGGACUUGAUGCGUACUCAUUUUGCAAUUGAGUCUCCCCUUCCACCAUUACCACCAUGGCUUGAUGCGCGUCUUCAAGAGACUGUUCUCGAAAACCCACCUGAUGGAUUCAUCGACGUAACCCGUAUUCCGUUGAAAGAGGGAUUUGAUGCUUUAUAUUCUCAUUUCAGAGAAAGUACUUACGCUUUCCGUGACCCCGAAACUGCGGAUCAAACAGUCGAGCAAUAUCUAAACCUACUUAAAUCACAAUGGUUACUGGAGGCCCUGAGAAGUGGUGUGCCUUAUCAGAGUGCGCGUCCAGGAUCGCUCUAUCCUCGAACCAUGGCCCAACUCGAGAAACGUAUCAAAGAUCAGUAUCGACGUAAAGAUAUCAUAAGGUUUUCUGACAUGGAUCUUCAACAAGUUAAUCCGACAGCUUUUCUCAUUUGGCCGCCAGAAGAGGUUAUUCAAAAUAAAUUUAUGACGGAUCCCAAUGUGGGAGAAGAGGAAAUAUUGAAAUUAUCGGUGCCCAAUUAUCUCGGCGCUGUUGGAAAAGACAACUUGGUUGUAUUUCGAACCGGGCCAAUCACUCUUAGGAUUGUUCGGAGUGUUAUUGGAGAUCGAUCCGGAACUCCUUAUUACGAAAGCGAGAGAUUCAAUAUCCAUAUUGAUAGGUUUAUUCCUUUCUAUGCAAUAUCGCAAAAUACCCCAAGCAGUGGCCAGCGACGAGUGUCCGGCGCAAUGGCUAGUGUUGGAAUUCAUCGCGGUAACGAAACCGGAGAAACAUCGUAUGAUAUCAAAGAAGAGAAGGAUAUGUUAGAUUUCCAGAGGACUGUCACAGGAUACCAGGUCGUUUUCGAUAAGAAUCCGGCAUGGGCACUCAAUCAUUCUCCGAAAUUAUUAAGAGGACAAGGGAAAGUUCAGUUAUGGCAUUGGAAGCCAUUGACGCAAGACAGUUCAGCGAGACGAGAGUCAUUAAUCUCAUCAUCUUCGUCUGGCGAUUCUCAGGCGACAAAUAUGACGCGGACUUCUGCUGCAGUCGAGAUGGUACUGAAGGGGCGGGAUCGCUCGCGGAUAUCAGUUCAUGAGCGUUCCGAUAACGAAUCUACGAUAGGUGCCAGUACACCUCCACUCCCGGUCAUUAUAGUGUAUUGUCGGGUUGGGGGUGAAUAUAGCUUCUAUCACAUAGAACUUGGUUUUGGAAUGCAAAUCAUACCAACCGCCUGCGACUGUAACAAGAAAGCCAAAACUUGCCGUAGAAUCGUGAUCGAGAAGCGUAAACCAAAGGGCUCCGAUAUUCCCUUCCAGGUGCGCCGAAUGACUUCGGAACUGAGUCAAUGGAACCUCUCUAUUUUCGCCUAUCCUCGACAUCCGCGUUUUGACGACCGGAAACAAGUACAGUCCCUCGAUUGCAGGUUCCUUAACCUUGACUUUGACUCAGUUGCGGAUCGCGAGGAAUUCACCCGCAAGUUCAACAAAGCACUCGAGCUGCGUGACACAGCAGAGAAGGAAUUCCGUAAAAUCUGCAACCGAACUUCGUAUCUGAGCGAAAGAUUAAUAGAGACGGAGCCCAAAGAUAAAGAACGACGAGGAAGCACGCUCUCAAAAUUGGCUAGAGCAAGUACGGGCUCUAGCUUCAGAAAUAGUAUAUCGUCGGGUAGUAGCUCCACUAGUAGUGAGACUAUCAAGGGGCCUUCGAUUCCGAGAAAGCCGGUUGCGCCAGUGGAACUUCCUGCUGUCUCGCUGAUGAGGUUGAGGCCCAUUUCGACGUUUUCGAGUUUGAAUAUGGAUGGGAUUACGGAGAAGAGAUAUGAGUGA